AAUAAAAAUUUUACCGUUUUUUCUGUGCGUAGGCUACUAACGGUGCCGGCUUCCUCAGUCCACUUUCACUCUUCAUUCACUGAAUUUUCAAUAUCUUAAUUAUCAGAAAAGUAUUGUCCUGUUAGAGUGGCCUUUGAUUUUCGAAAAAAUGGCAGAUGUUGUUUUGAACCAUUCUCAAAGGAACUUGAGCAGCAAACCAUAUCUCAAUGAAGUUUUCAUUGUAUCUGCUGUUCGUACCCCAAUCGGUUCCUUCCAGGGGUCUUUGGCACCUUUGAGUGCUACACAACUGGGUGCUGUGGCUAUAGAAGGUGCAAUUGAACAUGCCGGUGUACCCAAGGAUGAAGUCAAAGAGGUUUACAUGGGCCAAGUAUGCCAAGCGGGAGCUGGACAAGCUCCGGCAAGGCAAGCAACAAUCUUCGCUGGUCUUCCAAAAUCAACGAUAUGCACCACAGUCAAUAAAGUAUGCGCUUCUGGUAUGAAAUCAAUAAUGUUAGCUUCACAAUCUCUUCAAACUGGAGAACAAGACUUGGUUCUUGCCGGAGGAAUGGAAUCUAUGUCGAAUGUGCCUUAUUAUCUCAAGAGGGGUCAGACGCCUUACGGUGGAGUUAAUCUGACUGAUGGUAUAGUAUUAGAUGGGUUGACUGAUGUGUACAAUAAGUUCCAUAUGGGAAACUGUGCCGAAAAUACUGCUAAAAAAAUGGGAAUAACUCGAAAAGACCAAGACGAUUACGCUAUUUCAAGUUACAAGAGGAGUGCGGCUGCCUGGCAAAAUAAAGCAUUCGCAAGUGAACUCGUGCCUGUCAGUGUCCCCCAGAAGAAAGGAUCACCGGAUCUUGUAGUGACAGAAGACGAAGAAUACAAGCGAAUUAAUUUCGAGAAGUUCACCAAGCUAAACACUGUUUUUCAGAGAGAGAACGGAACUGUUACUGCAGGAAAUGCGUCGACGUUGAACGAUGGUGCAGCAGCUUUAAUACUUGCUUCAUCAGCAGCUGUCAAAAAACUUAACCUCAAACCUCUGGCCAAAGUGGUGGGUUUCGCAGAUGGCGCCACUGAUCCGGUGGACUUCCCAAUCGCGCCGGCUGUGGCCAUUCCUAGACUUCUUGAAAAAACUGGUGUUAAGAAGGACGAGGUGGCUCUUUGGGAACUGAAUGAGGCUUUCAGCGUUGUGGCAGUGGCCAAUCAGAAACUCCUCGAAUUGGAUCCUGCCAAGAUCAAUGUUCAUGGGGGUGCGGUAAGCUUGGGACACCCCAUUGGUAUGUCGGGGGCUAGAAUCGUCGUUCACUUAGUCCAUGCCUUGAAACCGGGAGAGAAAGGAGUUGCAGCCAUUUGUAACGGAGGAGGAGGCGCUUCUUCGAUUCUUAUCGAGCGACUGUAAGUUUGGAAUGCUAUGUGCAAUGAAGAUCGUUGAGCUGAUUUUAUUUACCUCAAUUUUAUUACCCGUAAUUCGAAAAUUUUAUAUUCUGCAUGUUUAAAACUGACUUAGAAUUUUAUACGAAUGUAUUGUUAUAUUUUUGUUCGCAGUAUAUUUGGAUGAAGAUAUUUAUUUUGAAAGGUCUUUGGUUGUUACAUGGUGUAGGUUAUCAAGUAUUGUUCGGACAAGGCAAAAGUAUUUUUAAGGUUAAAAUAUGUACAAUUCGAUAAAUUAUUUAAAUAUAAUUUUAUACACUU